GAUUUGACCAAUCAGAGAUUCAUUUGGUCUGUUCUUUUCAGCUGUAUUUUUUGCACCGUUUGUCUGUCUUUGUCCUUCUAUCGAGAAAAGAGAAUAAGAAAAAAGACAAAUGAUGUAAGAAAUUCCGCCAAAAAGAACAAACUUUAGAUUUCGAAUCAUGAAUAACCUAUAACCGAAAUAACCUUAUUUUUCGGUGUCAAAUAACCUACAACGAAAGUUCGGUUGACGGCACGUUAAAUCAUAAAAAAAACCUCAUUUUUCUUCUCUUUCAAACUUGAGGUAUUCUGUAAAUGUGAUUUUCAGAAGAAAGGAGGAGCUCUGAAAUUAAUGUUGUGAAGAAAAGCGAGAAUCUGUCGCUUUCAAUCACGUCUGUGUUACAAACGAGAUUAGAAAUUAAACGCAAGAAGCAUGUCCAUGCUCGCGGAGCGCCGACGAAAACAAAAGUGGUCCCUCAAUCCACGAGGAAAGUGGUGGACUGAAGACUCGAACAAAUUCGGUCAGAGAAUGUUGGAAAAGAUGGGCUGGACAAAAGGAAAGGGACUUGGCGCUAAUGAGCAAGGCAUUACUGAAUUUUCUGCCACAUCGUACAAGAAUGAUACAACUGGGGUAGGAUUUGACAAAAAUGUUGAGGCAUGGACUGAACAAAUGGAUAAAUUCAGUGAAUUUCUACAGCAGCUUAAUGAGACUCAAGAUCAAGUUGAUAUUGAAGACUCUAAUCUUAAUGGACAGUCCAUUGAGCUAAAGUCUAAGGAGAAUUAUGUGCACUACAAGAAAUUUACACAUGGCAAAGGUACAAAUAAACAUAUUUCAAAAGAUUUGGCAUGUACAUCUGACCAAAAAGAAUCAGUUAAUAAAACUGAUAAUACUCAAAUUAAUAUAGAAAAAAAUAGUAAUGAGAGAAAAGUUUCUGAAUGUAGAGAUGAUUGGUAUGGAGUUGUUACUAUUAACGGUGGUAACAUGACUGAUUACUUUAAACAUAAAGCGAAUUAUAAAAUGUCUAAAUACUUGAAAUGUAAUCAGUUGGGCAAUGAUAUGAAUUUAUCAAACAGUAGAAUUGAUAAUCGAAUGACUGAUUCCGAAAAUGAGGAUGAUCAACACGUUGGUUUCGGAUUUACAUCAAAAAUAGAAAAUAUAUCGGCAUCUAAUUAUGGAGCAUUAAAAAACUCUGAUGAUAAGAGCAAUUUCGCUUUUGAUAAUCCUUGCUUGGGAUUAAAUAGUCCAAUAAAAACUGUAGAAACUUCCACUAAUGAUUCUUCUGCAAUGUCUAGAAAAAAGAGAAAAAAGAAAUUUGAAAAUAAUGAUUCAUAUAUCACUGAAACAGAUAAACAUCAUGCCAGAAAAAAAUUAAGAAGUAUUGAUGGUGAUUGCAAAAGUGGUUUUGUCAACCCAGCUCUUAAUCUAGAAACGAAACCUGAAGAGGAUUGCAAUGGCAAGGAAUUUGAAGUAUUUAGAACCCAGUUUGGUCUUGAAAACUGUGGUUUAGAUCUGUUGGAUGAAAUAGAUGACAAGAAACGUGUAACGUUUAACGAUCAUGUUAUGUUGUACGAAUAUAAUAUGAAUUCCACUAAGAAAAAGAAAGGAGAGGUCACAUUGGAUAAAUUUGAAGUUGAAAAUAAGAAGAAAAAUAAAAAACGGAAAUGUGAGAGCGCUACGACUCCCGCGACUAACGGAUUUAUUAAUGAAGCGUUAGACGAACAAAUAUUAUAUGAAGAAAUUAAUGAUAAUGAAUUAAAUGAACAUAGAAAUAAAAAGGUUAAAAAGAGAAAAAUAUCUAAAAUAUCCCAUCUAGAGACGAUACAAGAAUCACCAGAAAAGGAAAUAGAAGAAAUAAAUUUAGAAUCGGAAGAUACUUUGGAUAUUAGUAUUGUCGAAAAUGGAGAAACCGACAUUGUAGAACAAAAAUCGAAGAAGAAGAAAAAGAAUAAAGAGAAGAAGAAACGGACCAAAGUUGAAGAUAUUACAGUACUUCAAGUUUCGAACGAGGAACCAGAUAUUGUGAUUGAAAAAAUAAUUAGCAAAAGUAAAAAGGUCAAAAAAGCUAAGCAAAGUAAAGAAGAGGAAGAAACAACUAUCUCUAAGAAACACAAAAAAAAGAAGAAGGAUAAAGAAAAUUGCAAGAGUGAAAAACAGACUAUUCAAAUUGAAAUAAACAAUGAUCAAGAUAUCGGGAUAUUAGAUAAGUCAAAUAUUGAAAUAGAGUCAUUUUCUUUGACCAAAGAUGAAGAAGAAGAAAAAGAAUUAAAAAGAACUAAACAAAAGAAAAAAAAGAGGAAAAGCAUCACUAAAGAAGAUUGUUUGAAUGAAAUUAAUGUAUAUAAUAUGAUUGAAGAUACAUUGCCAGUUUCUUCAUUCAAAGAGAAAAAAGAAGAGAAAGAAUUAGAAAAAACUAAACAAGAGAAAAAGAAUAGUAUUAAUAAAGAUUGUUCGAAUGAAAUUACUGUAUAUAAUAUAACUGAAACAUUGUUAGUUUCUUCAAUCAAAGAAACAGAAGAAAAAGAAUUACAAAAAGUUAAACAAAAGAAAAAUAGAAAAAGCACAAACAAAGAAGAUUGUCCCAAUGAGAUUAAUACAGAAAAGGAAAUCUCCGAUAAGGAAAAUACUGACAAAGAAAAAGAUACUAAUACUAAAAUAUUAACCAAAAAAGAUAAAAAAAGUAAGAAAUCGAAAGAUAAGAAUGUAUUUGACAUAGAAGAUUCUUCCAAUCCUAACACGGAAGUUGUAGAUGCAAAUGUUAUUAAGCAGGACAAAAUAGAAAAUACAGAGUGUACUGAUACACCUUCAAAAAAAGGAAAAGUAAGUGAAGUUAUCGAUAAUAUAAUUAGUAGUCCAUGGAGUGUAAAAGCAAGAAUGUCUAAGAAAAUGUUAAUAACUUUUUUCCAUAACAAUGCAAUAUUAGAGUUUCCAGGUUCUAAUAGUCAUAAAAUAAAGGGAUAUGGUACUGACAUUGACUGCGAAUUAUAAUAUUUUCUGUAAUAUGUAAUUUUGAUAAUAUGACUUUUUUAAAGAUAAAUAAUCUUUUAUUUGACAAGAAUUUUGUAUAUUUAAUCCUUGUGGAGUGGUAUAGCGCAGUGAAGGAACACUCUAGAUGCGGGGAAAUGUUUGGGGAAAUGCUGUUAGUGUUAUCAACAUAAGUCCAUCUUCAUUACUCAUUAAAAGUAGAACAAGGAUAGACUAAUGCUGAUAGCGCUAAUAGCGUUCUCCCCAAACGCACCCUUUAUACAGCAGAACGAAAAUAGUAGUUCUUACUGUGAGUGUAUAUAUGCAUCAACAAACCAAAA